CCCGGGGCAGCGCGCGCGCGCGCGGCUGCAGGAGGGCGACGUGGCGAGGGGUCAUCAGUCUUCAGUGUACUUCUUGGCUAGUUCUGAAAUCUUGAAGAAGCUCUGCCCUGAGGAAGAUCAAACAACAAUCUUUGCUAACUGGGGAAUGGACCGUUUAGGCUCCUUUAGCAAUGACCCCUCUGAUAAGCCACCUUGCAGAGGCUGCUCCUCCUACCUCAUGGAACCUUAUAUUAAGUGUGCAGAAUGUGGGCCGCCACCUUUUUUCCUCUGUUUGCAGUGUUUCACUCGAGGAUUUGAGUACAAGAAACAUCAAAGUGAUCAUACAUAUGAAAUAAUGACCUCAGACUUUCCUGUUCUUGAUCCCAGCUGGACUGCUCAAGAAGAAAUGGCCCUUUUAGAAGCUGUAAUGGAUUGUGGCUUUGGAAAUUGGCAAGACGUAGCUAACCAGAUGUGCACCAAGACCAAGGAGGAGUGCGAGAAGCAUUAUAUGAAGCAUUUCAUCAAUAACCCCCUGUUUGCAUCUACCCUGCUAAACCUGAAACAAGCAGAGGAGGCAAAAACUGCUGACACAGCCAUUCCAUUUCACUCUACAGAUGACCCUCCACGACCUACCUUUGACUCUCUACUGUCUCGGGACAUGGCAGGGUACAUGCCAGCUCGAGCAGAUUUCAUUGAGGAAUUUGACAAUUAUGCGGAAUGGGACUUACGAGACAUUGAUUUUGUUGAAGAUGACUCGGACAUUUUACAUGCUCUGAAGAUGGCUGUGGUAGAUAUCUAUCACUCAAGGUUAAAGGAGAGACAACGACGGAAAAAAAUUAUAAGAGACCAUGGAUUAAUCAACCUUAGAAAGUUUCAGUUAAUGGAACGGAGGUAUCCCAAGGAAGUUCAAGACCUUUAUGAAACAAUGCGGCGAUUUGCCAGGAUUGUGGGACCGGUGGAACAUGAUAAGUUCAUUGAAAGCCAUGCAUUGGAAUUUGAACUCCGAAGGGAAAUCAAGAGGCUCCAGGAAUAUAGAACAGCAGGCAUUACCAAUUUUUGUAGUGCCAGGACAUACGACCACCUCAAGAAGACACGAGAGGAAGAGCGCCUUAAACGCACCAUGCUCUCUGAAGUUCUCCAGUACAUUCAGGACAGCAGUGCGUGUCAGCAGUGGCUCCGCCGGCAAGCUGACAUUGAUUCUGGGCUGAAUCCUUCUGUCCUGAUGGCUUCAAACUCAGGAAGACGGAGUGCACCACCCUUGAACCUCACUGGCCUCCCUGGUACAGAGAAGCUGAAUGAAAAGGAAAAGGAGCUCUGUCAGAUGGUGAGGUUGGUCCCUGGAGCCUAUUUAGAAUACAAAUCUGCUCUGUUGAACGAAUGUAACAAGCAAGGAGGCCUGAGACUGGCACAGGCAAGAGCACUCAUCAAGAUAGACGUGAACAAAACCCGGAGAAUCUAUGACUUCCUCAUCCGAGAAGGGUGCAUCACCAAAGCCUGAGCCUGUGGGCUUGUGACACAAGUCAAAAUUUCAGAAUGUGGUGCGUCAAAGGACAGUAUAAGUGUCUGGAGAGUUUUGUUUUUUAGUUGAAUUCUUGUGAAAACAGGAAAGGACACAAGAAACCUUAGGCUGUGUUCAUGUCUCCAUCUUCUCUGCCCUGCUUUUUUAAAUCUCUCCUGUUACUGGUAUUGUGCUACAGAGCUGUGUGCUCGAUAAGCUAUUAUUAAAUGUGAGUGGGCAUUCAUUCCUAACACCUCUUGUAACUAAAACGAGAACCAUAGUACCUCACAUCACAGUUUUGGUAGAAAUAAAACCAAACCAAACCACAGUGUUUUUUCCCAGGAGUCCGGCUCAUAUCUUUGUGCUUGAGAGCUAAGUUUGCUGACUCUGUUUCCUUCAGAUACUGCAGAUAGACUUGAAAUGAAGAGAAAGGUUUUGCAGCAUGAGAGCUUUCUCUUCUAUGGAUUUUUUUUUUAAAGCUGACAAAUUAUGUUUAGGAGCAAAGAGGUGGAAAAAUCUCCCUAUGAUGAUCUUGACCCAAGCUACAUUUUUAACUUUACUGUCUGGUUUUAUAUAUUGCAGUCUGGCUGUCUGAUCUGCAGUAGACUUGAGGAGGUGGCACUGGAUAUGAAAUGUCUUUGUUAUUUUUAGAAUUAAUGGAUUAAAGUGUUUUGCUGUUUAA